GCAAGCAUUUGCCUUUUCUGUCAGCUGAGGCCGGACUGUGGGAGAGCGUUACUACAAGUUGUUGCAUUGUGGCUUUUGCAGGAAGACGUGAUUGUGAGAAGCUGGUAUGGUGUGAAGGAAAACACACUGUUAGAAGGCUGAUUCAAGGGCACAACCAUGGAGGAAAUUGACUUUGAGCGGCGCCGGGAGCUGAGGAGGCAGAAGCGGGAGGAGAUGCGUCUGGAGGCCGAACGGAUGGCGAGGAAUGAUGAUGACGAAGAGGAGGCGGCCCGCGAGAGGAGGCGCAGGGCUCGGCAGGAGAGGAUGAGGAGCAGGGAGAGCGAGGAGCCCAGCAGUCAGCCAGACAGCCUGGUCAUGACCAACAGCCACAGUGUGACAGAGACGGUGACUGUGAGCGGCUCUUCUGGAGGCGGCGGAGACGACGAGGACCAGGCGCUGCUGGACCGGAUGGCCAAACGGGAGGAGAGACGGCAGAGACGCAUGAAGGAGGCGCUGGAGAGACAGAGGCAGCCGGACGACGCCGAGGCCGUCGACGGCGUCGCCACGGAGAGAAACAACGCAGAAGAGGAGAGGCCCUCCUCCUGGCGCAGGGGUCGUUACCGUGACAAUGAGGACGAGGAGGAGAAGCCGGCGACCUACAGUUCAAGGAGGGAUCAGAAGGAGCGAGAGGAGCCGAGAGAGGAGGAGGAGGCUGCUCCUGAAACCGGAGAGGUGGAGGAGGAGGAGGAGCAGAAAGCUGAAGUGGUGGAGGACAAGCCGAGAAGGUCUUACUUGAGAGAACAGGCGUCAACUGAAGAGCCUAACAUGCAAAAUAAGGCACUGGCUGAGGAAGAAACACUUUCUGUAGUCAGUGAGAGUUCUAAUCAGGCCAAGUCAGCUAAUUCAGAAGCUGAGGAGGAUGCAGUAGCGUCAGGGGAGGCGGAAGAGCAAGUGAACGAGAGGGGCGGAGCCAGGGAGGAGAGGGAGGACGAGAGGAAGCACAACGGAGGGCUGCACGAGGAGGCGACUCCCAAACAGCACCGGAAACCUGAGAGGACCCUCAGCCGCGGCAGCGUCCGUUCCCCCGAGGUGUCCGCCGCCGACGAGCAGGACGACGCCGCCCGCCUGGAGGCAGAGCGCAAGCUGGAGGAGCUGAAGCGCCGCCGCGACGACGCCGAGAGCGAGGAGUUCGAGAGGAUGAAGCAGAAGCAGCAGGAGGCCGAGGCCGAGCUGGAGGAGCUGAAGAGGAAGAGGGAGGAGAGGAGGAAGGUGCUGGAGGAGGAGGAGCGGCAGAAGAAGCAGGAGGAGGCGGAUAAGAAAGCCAGAGAGGAGGAGGAGAAAAGGAAGAUGAAAGAGGAGAUCGAGAGGAGGAGAGCAGAGGCAGCUGAGAAGAGACAGAAGGUGGAAGACACCAUGGACGGGGACGGAAAACCGUUCAAGUGUGUCAGCCCUCGAGGCUCCUCUCUGAAGAUUGGAGAGAGAGCAGAGUUCCUGAACAAGUCGGCGCAGAAAAGCACAGUGAAGACGUCUCAUUCUCCUGUGGUGUCCAAGAUAGACAACAGGCUGGAGCAGUACACCUCAGCUGCUCAGAGAGAGAACAAGGAGUCUCGAUCCCCUCGCUCGGGAGCGGUGGAUUUGCCCAUGGUCACCGAUAGCAUACGAAACAUCAAGAGCAUGUGGGAGAAAGGCAACGUGUUCAGCUCGCCUGGAAGCGGCGGAAGCCCAUUCAAGGAAGCAGCUGUGAUGAAGACGGGCGUGGCAGGCCGCAUCAACGACUGGCUGAAUAAAACCCCAGAGAGCGGCAAGACGUCAGGAGGAAGGCCAGCGGACCUGAAGCCGGUCGACGUCACCAACAAGAGGAGUCUAUGGGAAAACAAAGGCGCCUCUCCAACCAAGGUGGCAGGCAGAGGGGAGACCAAAUCAGUCGCCAAUGGUGAGUUUUUCUUUUUAACAAGGCACCACAAGUGUGCGCAGAAAGGAAAACUGACAAAUGUGCAGCCAGUCAUGUGGGCUUGCAUUCUGCUGUCGUGGAAUUAACUGGUGGCUUGCAGAAUGUCAGCAUUUCAGAACCUCUUAAAAUACUGCCUUGUUCUCAGCUUGGCCGCAGUGUUUUUGUUUUGUUGUUUUUGUUUUUUUUUACAUUUUUCUAAUUAGUUUCAGAAACCAAGAGUGGUGGCUUUCUCCAUCCUCAGAGGUGCCUUAAAUCCUUUAGUUAAAAAUAUGAAAAUGACCAUAAUGAGUUGCAGUGACAGUGGCAGUAUGCUUUUACAUGCUUGCUGGCAUUACAUUGGUCACAUUUAAAGGGGC